CAUGGUACGUGCAGUGUAGCCAGCGUUCUCUUGUGUUGUCGUUUGUUUUUCACCUGCCCAUGUGUGUUACCUCGUGUUUAAAAGGCUUCUGGACCUGAGGUGUGUGACACAGCCUUUGUGUGCUCUAUGGCAAGAGUGAACCCGGUCGGAAUGUGUGAUACGCAGGACUACGACUUGUGUUCAAACUGCUAGCCACUUUUAGCUUUCUAAUCUCAGCUAGUAACGUAACGCUAGCUUUUAACCUUACCAAAUACGGUUAGUAAGAUAACUAGUUAAAUAGCUGGACAACUGCUGGUCUUGCUGUUUACUUGCCUGCCUGAGUAAACACUCUAGUCAGAAAAUAAUCCCACUAAGUUCCAGACGGGUCAGCUAAGGAAGAGCUUGGCGGACCUGGUGACCUUCCUUGACAGCUGGGUGUGUAUCUUCUUAACUUGAAUUUUGUGAAUGGACUAUAACUACACCUGGCCUGAGGACUGACAUGACCCGGUCUGUCAGUUGCGCAACAGCAGUACCGAGCAGGACCCGUUUUCAGCACUUAUAACUGGACGUUUAAUAGAGUUUAUGGUUGUGUGUUCACUUGCAAGAAUGACUCGCCGUUCAGUCAUGAACCUGGUGUGCCUGGGGAAUCGAGCUGUCAGCCUGCUGUAUGGAAACUCCCUUCGGCCCCUCCACACUUCAGUAUGCAACUCUUCAUCACAACCGAAAGCAGGAUUCAAACCGGAAAAAGUAGCAGUGGUCACAAAGACUACGCGAUAUGAGUUUGAACAGCAGCGGUAUCGCUAUGCAGGGCUGUCAGAAGAGGAUUUAAAACAGCUGCUUGCCAUGAAGGGCUCCAGCUACAGCGGCCUGCUGGAAAGACACAACAUCCACACUAACAAUGUAGAACACAUUGUGAAAAGUCUGCGGAGAGAAGGCAUCGACGUACGAGUCGUGAAGAGAGGAGAAUAUGAUGAAGAAGUGGUGCGAUGGGCUGAUGCCAUUAUCUCAGCUGGAGGUGAUGGGACAAUGCUACUUGUUGCCAGUAAGGUUUUAAGCAAGGACAAACCAGUAAUUGGAGUAAACACUGACCCUGAGAGGUCAGAAGGUCAUCUGUGCCUGCCUGUACGGUACACUCGUACCUUCCCAGAGGCACUGGAGAAACUCUGUCGUGGUGAGUUCAGGUGGCUUUGGCGUCAGAGGAUCCGUUUGCACUUGGAGGGCACGGGAAUCAAUCCCACGCCGGUGGACCUGCACGAACAGCAGCUGAGCCUGGAGCAGCACAGCCAAGCCCACCGCCUCACCACCAUGGACAGCCAGCGGAGUAUGACUCCCCCACCCAACAUGUGGACAGGAAGUCUACACGAGAGAUUCUCCAAGCCCAGUCUCCUACCUAUCAGAAGCCUGAAUGAAAUCUUCAUCGGAGAAUCGCUGUCGUCCAGGGUGAAGUUAAAAUCCUUCAAACACCAUGUUAACCUCUUGCUCCAUAGGGCUUCCUACUAUGAGAUCUCUGUGGAUGACGGCCCAUGGGAAAAGCAGAAGAGUUCAGGACUCAGCAUUUGCACAGGAACAGGAUCCAAAGCCUGGUCAUAUAACAUCAACAAACUUGCUGAACAAGCUGUGGAAGAGGUUUUAAGAAUUGGAAAGUCUCUAACAGGUCUUGAAAUCCCACUGAAUCGUGAAUUUAUAGAAAAAGUUACUGACGAAUACAAUGAGUCCCUGGUGUUCGGGCCGGACGACAGACGCUUGUUCUACAGCGUCAGGGAGCCCAUCGUCAACAGAGUGUUCUCCAGCAGUCGACAGAGAGGCUUCGCCAGCAAGGUGUGUGUCCGCUCUCGGUGUUGGGAUGCCUGCAUGGUGGUCGAUGGUGGGACUUCCUUCGAGUUCAACGACGGUGCCAUCGCUACGAUCAGCAUGAGUGACGAGGAUCAGCUCCGGACAGUGCUUCUAGAGAACUGAGAUGAGUCCAGAGCACAUGACACCUUACUGGUUUCUCUCACGCCAACACUGUUCAAAGGGAUGUGGUCAAAGGGAAGAACCAGAUUUUAGCUUGUAGCCUUUACAAGUGUUGGAUGUUUUUACACCUGACAAAAAGAUAUCAAUGUUACUGUUUUAUUAAAUGUGCAUUUUUCCAAAUCAGAUAUUUUCAAAUCAUACUUCCCAUUCCCAAGUCCUAACAGAAUGUAAUCCACGAGGUUCUAAUGACUAUAAUCCAUUUUGUAGAUACAAGCAGCCUUUUUGUGCGUACUUGCCACUAUUAACUGUACCAAAUCAACAGUGAGUGUCUAAGCUGAGGAGGACAGAGGAGCACACUGACUGUUCUAAACAAAAUCUGUUUUUCACAGUGGAUUUUGGAGACAUCUGUUAAAAUUGAUUCUUACCUUUGAUGAUGAUGAUGCAUGUCUGUCUGAAGAUCAGAUUGAAAUGGACAGCAGGCUGUGAUGUGCUUUCUCAUGUAACUACUGAUUCAUAUUUAUACACAUUUUUGUCAACAAAUCCCACGCUGACUCUUCUAUACACACACACACACACACACACAUAUUUGUUAUGGCUUGUUUAGUGACUAAAGAUAUUUUUGGAGCAUAGGGUAUAUUUUUUAUAGCUGUUUGAGUGGAUGCUAAAGAAAAGAGAAGUUGAAGUUAAAGUGCACUAAAAACAGAAUUUUGUGCUUGAAAGGGGGCAGUUUGCUCCAUGUUUUAGGUCAAAUAUCUGUCUUGUAACCCCCACAAGACAAGAAAAUUCAUUUUGUAAGCAGCAUGUGCCUGGGGCGGAAAUGCCCAAGAUUUCCACAGCACAAACAACUUAGUUCAAACUGAUGUUUUGUUUUUUUUUUGGGGGGGGGGGGGUUUGUGAAAUUUUAAAGAGGACACAGUUUUACCAACACAUUGGUGUAGUUGUAAUGAUUUAAAAUACUUAAUAAAAAUCAAGCAGGUCACUUGAAUACACUUGUAAUUCCACAUCCAUCUGUAAAAUGUUGGUUCACCUGGUAAUGCUUCCCUGCCCCUGACCUCUGAACCAGGAGGUUCUUUUUAGCGACUAGGUUAAAAAAAUUAUCAGGAAAUUGUAAUAUGCAGCGUGCCAAAGGUAUGGGAAUAAUAUGUCACUGUGUUAGGAUGUUUUUGUGUUAAUCAGAUAAAGUGGUAUG